UCUGUGACGUAUCAGUUGCAAAUAAGUGUCAACAGAGAGCUGAUAGACGCAGAUUUUCACUUCAAUUUCUGGAAUCUGGAGCCACGUAUUCUUGCCAGAUGUGGUGAAAUGUCUGCUUAUGGACACUAACAACAACUUGGGGUUAUUCGUAAGUGACGUUUGUCGCCGCUUUUGACGAAAUAACGACAGUAUGAAUAUACCUCCUAGUGGAAUACGUCAAGUUUUUGUUUAUCAUCAAGGUAGACCCCAUUGGUCACAAAACGGACCUUUAUUUUACGACCGACGAUUAAAUCAACAAUUUCCAUUGGGAACUCCAUUUCCAGGACAACCAGUGCAGGCUAAUCAGUGGUUUAGAGCACCAGUAUUUAACGGGCCACCCGUCUGCCCGAGAAAUAUUCCCGUUAAUUUUCGAGUGAAUAUAACUUGGAACACCCCAUUCUAUAAUAAUUUAACUAUUCAAGUAGUUCGUCCAAACAGUCGUGGACGACGUAGAAAUAUGAUCGUUGGAAGGAGGCGUCCCUUAACGGACAACGAGGAAGAGCAGGAACUUUGUUUUAUUUGUGGAGAUGUUCUCCAGAACUCUAACGAAUCUGGCGUUCAUCUUUGUGAUGGUGGAGAGCAGCGAGAGGAAGCCCCAUCUGGUAGCAACGAUAACCAUGGAAACGUAAACAUCAAUGCAAAAUUAGAUACCAUUUUAGAAAAUAUCAAAAGUUCAUUAAAGAACGACUAUCAGAGUGUCUCUGAAUCCCUGGAGAUGUAUUUCAGUGAAAGAAUUAACGAAAUCAACACAAUUCAUCAGGAAGUUUGUCGCGAACGAGAUUCUUUACGGGAACUCAGAGAAGACAUCGUUAAAAAAUCAGCAGAAAUUGAACAAAAACAAAAAGAACUGGCCGAUUUACAACAAACUUUAUUAAAAGAUAAAAAUAAGUUUGAUGAAGACGUUAAAAAAGAGCAGGAAGAAAUGGCCAGAAGGUGGCAGCAGCUUCGUGAUGAAAUCACUCGUAUGGAAGAAAUGCACAAUAUACAAAAGGGACGAGUAAAAUUAGAUGUUGGAGGCCAUGUUUACACAACGUCGAUGUUGACGUUAACUCGAGAUCAGGAUUCCAUGCUAGCUGCCAUGUUCAGUGGACGCCAUCCAAUCAAAACAGAGGCAGACGGUACCGUGUUUAUCGACCGUGAUGGAACACACUUUCGAUACAUCUUAAACUUUCUACGUGAUGGAGGAUUAAAUGCCGAAGCUUUACCUAGGAAUAAACAAACAUUACGCGAACUGAGAAAUGAGGCCGUUUAUUUUCAGCUUCACGGAUUGGCACAGCAAGUUGAGAAACUGUUGGGUUAACAAAAUUUAACCAAAUAUUUUAGUGCUCAAAAUCUUAUUCCAUCAAUUAUUGGCUGGGAGUUCUGCCUUAGUGUAAUAUUAAAAAAGUCAAAAAUAUGUUUAUUUUCUUUUUAUUUUUUUGAGAUUUUGUAAUGAUAUAUAUAUAUAUACAUAUAUUUAUUUAGAUAGUUUUUUUUAGAAUGGAGAGAUAGUUAAAAUCUCCAUUAGACCGAUGUAGAUUAUAAAUAAAAAGAACAAGUUAUCCAAAAUAUUUCGGAUAACUUAAUUUAAGUUUUCACUAUUGUCAUAGGUGUCGGUUAGACGCAGAUAAAAAGAACGAGUUAAACCACAUUUUUGGGAGAACUUAAUUUAAGAUUUCAGUUUAUGGUAGGUUUCCAUUAGGCCGAUGCAGAUUAUAAAAAGGCAAGUGAAACCAAUUAUUUGGGAGAACUUAAUUUAAGAUUUCAGUUUAUCGUAGGUUUCUAUUAGACCGAUGUAGAUUAUUAAAAGGCAAGUGAAACCAAUUAUUUUAUAGAACUUAAUUGAUUCCACAAUUUAUCGUAGGUAUUCCGUGACCAUUAGACGGAUGUGGAUAAUAAAAAAAACAAAAUUACAAGGUUUUUUGUGAAAACGAAAUAAGUAAAUCCAAAUAUAGGGGUUAAUUUAAUUUAAGAUUUUACAAUUAUUUCUUUUAGAUUAGGAAAUAGUAUUUAAUGGACUUAAAAUAAUUAGAAUCUUCUUGUCAACUUUAAUUUGUGAUGGCAUUUGUUUCGUUAAUGGAAUACAUGUACGUUCUACAAUGGUUAAUUAAUGUAUAAUACGUCAUUAUAGUUAAUUAAUGUAUAGUAGGUCAUUAUUUUACAGAGAAAGUUGUUCCACUUCAUAGCCCUUGGUCCCGACCGGCAUAUAUACGGCCGACGUGGAACCUAUGAUUGUACCGAUUUAGCGAAAUACUACACAGAAUUGUCAUGUUUAACUAAAAGUAUUCUGUUAUAUUUAAUUGAGAUUGCGUAGAAACGAAACAGAAUGAACUGGAUAAUAAAUAGUUUUCAGUAUAAGGAUAUUUUUAUCGAAUUUGAUUAACCUCAGAAUGAAAUCCAAUCAGAUUAAAACACAGAUCCUAUUUCGUUUGGUUUUUAAUAUUUCAAAAUUUCGUUUUACUUGUCUUCACUAGACUAGGAUCUGGAAGAGUUGUUAUAUUACCGGCGUUUUGGUUGAAGUGAGGGAUAAACCAAUGAAACAGUCUGUUACAGCGACUUCUUGCCGUGUAAACCCUUAGAAACGCCAGUGAUGAUUGAUUAAUCAAUGUCUGAUGUCAUAGGGUCAAAAGCCACUCAUACGACCCCUGACACGACCUUCGAGUAAAACUGGUCAGAUCUUCAUGUAGUGUAGGUCAUCGAAAGUAUAAAAAAACGAAACGAAAUAUAGAUCUGUAUUUGAAUCAGAUUGAAAAGCCUCCUAACCCUUUUAUUGUCCAUUACAAAAUACUAUGUUUAAAUUAAUGUUACAUUUUAAAAGAUUAACAAUUGAAAUAAAUUGUAGACCUAUGAUCACACCAAGCAUGAGUGGGUCAAUUCCUCAUGGCGCCAUAGUUCUAGAACAAAUUGUAAAAUAUGAAAUUAUUGUUGUCAAAAGUCCAUAUCCAGUAUAUUUCAGUUGUAAAAUCAGUAUUUGAUUUACGUUGUUUUGAUUCCCCUGCUUGUACGUGAUCAGGAGUAGGGUCGCCUGUCCAACCUCAUAGGUUUUCUCUAGGUCCUCUCAUUUCCUCCCACUUCUAAACGCCCAUAAUGUAAGUUAAUUAUUAAAAUAAAAUUAAACCAUAUGUUAGUCCCGAAAUCACCUAGUUUGUGUCGAAUGGGCGUUAAACUCCAUUUAUCUCUCUCUUUUUUUCUAGGAUUCGAUGACAACUUUUCCAUUUAUUUCUGUUUUGACUACUUUGGCCAAAUCAAUUUUAUUUUCAGUUCACUUGAGUCGUGUAAUCGACAUUAUGUUUAAAAAUUUCAAAACUUUAAAAUUUGGAAGUAUGAGCUAAUGAAAUAGGAGGUAUCAGAUCAAUCUGAUUAAAAUAUAGAUCUUUAAUUUCGUUUCGUUUUUUAUACUUUCGAUGACCUACACUACAUGAAGAUCUAACAAGUUAUAGCGGGAGUUCACGUCAGGGAUCAAACGAGCGGCUUUUGACCCUAUGACGUCAGCCAUUGAUUAAUCGAUCAGCGUUGACGUUUCUAGAGGUUUACCCACAGUUUCGUGUUAAAAAGGCCAAGAACUCGCUGUAACAGCUAAUCACUUAGAUCAUCCAGAACACAGGUUAUAUAACAACUAUUCCAGAUCCUAGUGUAGUAAAGACAAGUAAAACAAAAUUUUGAACUAUAAAACCGAAACGAAAUAGGAUAUGUGUUUGAAUCAGAUUGUUUAUCAGGUGUUUCUAAAGAAUAAAAAACCAAAUUGAUCAUGAUGCAGCCUAAAGAUCGAUUGUGCAAAAACAUUUGAGGCAUGGAUUCUGUGUAUAUUGUACCCCUGGUGAUAAUAUUCGUAUCACCAGACGCUGUUUGUAACUUGUCUGAAAUGACUUCAUAUUUUAUUGUUCAUAAAAAUAUGUACCUUUACUGUCAUGUAUUUAGAACAAUUUGAUUUAGAUUUGCUGUAAAUCAGUUGGUUAUCGCAUUAUUAUUAAUACUUAGCAUUGAAAUGUCCCUCGGAUUGGAGUGUGUACAGGUAAUUAACAUUUGAAUAUCCCUCUGAUUGGAGUGCGUAAUUUGCAUUUAAAUAUCCCUCUGAUUGGAGUGCGUAAUUUACAUUUAAAUAUCCCUCUGAUUGGAGUGCGUAAUUUACAUUUAAAUAUCCCUCUGAUUGGAGUGCGUAAUUUACAUUUAAAUAUCCCUCUGAUUGGAGUGCGUAAUUAACAUUUAAAUAUCCCUCUGAUUGGAGUGCGUAAUUAACAUUUAAAUGUAACUCUGAUUUGAGUGCGUAAUUAACAUUUAAAUGUCCCUCUGAUUGGAGUGCGUAAAUAACAUGUUAAUAUCUCUCUGAUUGGAGAGCGUAAUUAACAUUUAAAUGUCCCUCUGAUUGGAGUGCGUAAUUUACAUUUAAAUAUCCCUCUGAUUGGAGUGUGUAAUUAACAUUUAAAUAUCCCUCUGAUUGGAGUGCGUAAUUAACAUUUAAAUGUAACUCUGAUUUGAGUGCGUAAUUAACAUUUAAAUGUCCCUCUGAUUGGAGUGCGUAAAUAACAUGUUAAUAUCUCUCUGAUUGGAGAGAGUAAUUAACAUUUAAAUGUCCCUCUGAUUGGAGUGCGUAAAUAACAUGUUAAUAAUGUCCCUCUGAUUGGAGUGCGUAUCUUGUUUUUGUGUCACAUAUUUAGAAUUAUAUCAUUAAGAUUUAUGUAUGAGUGUCUCUUUAAACUUGUCUGAAUUAUGGUUGUGUUAUCAGGGCUCUUGUUUCUGCUGUAAAUUGGACACAGAUCAGCCAUUGACUUAAAGUUACAUUAUGGGAGAUUAGAUAAAGAACUAACAGUUCUCGCUAUAAUAGUUCAAAAAUAGAUAAUGAAAACAGAAUAUGCUGAAAAUCUCAGUCAAAUUGCUUUACUCUGAACCAAGAUAUUAGUGAUUUAAUUCUAGGCUAGUCUUGAUUGUCAUUACUACCAUUGAUACCAUAAUAUACAAAGUCUUGAUUAUCCAUUUUUACGUUAAGUCAUCCAUCGCAAACAGUAUUCAAAUUCACUAAAUAUCGCAGUUAAUGAACAUUGUUAUUAAAGUUGUCAUUCAUGUCAAAUAUCCCUACACUAAUGCAAGUGUACCAGUGUAUAAAACAAACGACACAAACCUAUAUUUAUACAAAUAUUUGACGAAACGUAGGUGUGGAUGACAAGAGCCCUGAUAUUUUAUGAGGUUAUUUUGUCUUUCUACCAUUUUGUAAACCAAUGCAACAAUUGAUUUAGCCUUUGUAUAUAAUCUAGAUUGUAAAUAUUUAUAUACAUUCACAGUACACUAGCUGAAAUCUGUAAGUCUAAAUGUUUCGUACAGAUCUUACUAGGCCUAUAAUUAUUAAUUAGCUGAAAUCUGUAAGUCUAAAUGUUUUGUACAGUUCUUACUAGGCCUAUAAUUAUUAAUUAGCUGAAAUCUGAUUUGUAAGUCUAAGUGUUUCGUACAGAUCUUACUAGGCCUAUAAUUAUGAAUUAGCUGAAAUCUAAUUGUCUAAAUGUUUCGAAUAGUGCGAUACUUGCUAGUUAAAUUUCAUGAAGACGGUUUUGUACAGUACAAUACUUGCUAGGUCUAAAUUCUAAAUUUGCUGGAGACUGUUUUGUGCAGUACGAUACUUGCUAGGCCUAUAAAUUCUAAAUUUGCUGAAGACUGUUUUGUACACUACGAUAUUUGCAAGGCGUAUAAAUUCUAAAUUUGCUGAAGACGGUUUUGUACAGUACGAUAUUUGCAAGGCGUAUAAAUUCUAAGUUUACUGAAGAAGGUUUUGUACAGUACGAUAUUUGCUAGGUCUAUACUAGGUCUAUAAAUUCUAAAUUUGCUGAAGACGGUUUUGUACAGUACGAUACUUGCUAGACCUAUACUAAAUCUAUAAAUUCUAAAUUUGCUGAAGACGGUUUUGUACAGAACGAUACUUGCUAGGCUUAUACUAGGUCUAUAAAUUAUAAAUUUGCUGAGGACGGUUUUGUACAGUACGAUAUUUGCAAGGCGUAUAAAUUCUAAAUUUACUAAAGUGUAUUUUGUACAGUACGAUAUUUGCUAGGAUAUUUGCAAGGCGUAUAAAUUCUAAAUUUACUGAAGACGGUUUUGUACAGUACGAUACUUGCUAGGCGUAUAAAUUAUAAAUUUCCUAAAGACUGUUUUGUACAGUGCAAAUUUUUCUAGGUGUAUAAAUUAUUAAUAUGCUGAAAACUGAAAGUCUAAAUCUGUAUGUAUAAGCCUGUACGUAUGGUAUAAUGGCCGAUAGCGAGAUAUAAAGUACGAACAAUCCAAACCAUUAGACAAAAUUCAAAGUCCUAAAAAAAAAAAACGGUCGGCCUAUAUGCAAAAUAGCGUUAACAGGAAAUGGACUGUCAACUGUGUACAAAAUAUACGACGAACAGUGGUAACAGGUGUCCGGACAAGUAAGCUUACCCUGCCUAGUGCCACACCCCACAUAGAUCAGGAAAUUGUAUAGAAAAUAUUUCAAUAUGUAUGAAUGGCUUACCCUGCCUGGUGCCACACCCCACAUAGAUCAGGAAAUUGUAUAGAAAGUUUAUCAAUAUGUAUGAAUGACUUACUUGCAUACAAUUUGAAAUCCUUCUCUUAAAUAAGAAACUUAAUCUUUUUCUAAUAAUCAUAAAAUAAAAAGCGGACUGUUCCUUUCAAAAAAUAAACACAAAAAAAUAUAUAAAUUAGCUUUUAUAAUAAAAAUUAAAAAUAACCCAAAUGUAUCUGCUGCAAUUAAAUUUUUUUCUCUCAUUUAUUGCUACCACAAUUCCAAUUUAUAUUAUUAAUGUGUCAUGUUGCAUAGUUGAGUAUUUUAAAUAUUGUUAAAGCGACAUUAUGGAGAUUAGAUAAAGAGUUGGCUGUUCUUCCUGUAAUAGUUAUUAAAUAGAUAAUAUAAAUAGAAUAUGCUGAAAAUUCCAGUCAAAUUCUUUCACUCUAAACCGAGAUAUUAGCUUUUUCAUUUUAGGCCUAACCUCGAUUGUCAUUAAUAAAGUUGGUACAAUAAAAAAUAAAGUCUCGAUUAUUCAUUUUUACAUUUAAUCUUUUUUCUAAAAAUGUAUUCCAAUCCGCUAAAUAACACAAGCUAGCGUUUGCAUCGAGAGUUGAUUAUUGUCUGGAUAACUUAAUUAAUGUCUAAUUAAUAAUAUAGAUAACAUUUCAGGCCUAAAGAAAGACCCGCAAUAGGCAGAUUUAGUUUUUGUAUAAUGUAUGUUUAAUUUACAUCUGUUCUACUCAAGGAUGUCACCAUAGUGUGGGUUUUAGCAUGAAUUAGUAGUUAUUGAAACCCCUUGUAUAAUGUAAGACUCUUGUUGUAACACUGAAUCCAAUAUUGGCUGAAGGCUUAGUUUAUCUGUAUGUAAAUACGCAAUAAAAUGGUUACGAAGCCAAAUUAUUCUAUUUAAAAUGACCGUUAUUAGUUUGAGCGUCAGAGCUCAUCAAGGCCUAUCCGUCAGUCUUAUGCCAAUAGGGAGGGGGUGGGGGUGGAUAGUCGAAUGGCUACCGUGGUUGUACGUGGCAAGGAGUAGGGUCGCCUGUCCAACCUCGUGGGUUUUCUCCGGGUCCUCCGGUUUCCUGCCACUGCUAAAGACCCCUACACGCAAGCGAAUUAUGUAAAUAAAAUUAAACCAUAUGUUAGUCCCGAAAUGACCUAGUUUGUGUCGAGUGGACGUUAAACCCCAUUUCUCUCUCACACUGUAUCAUACAGUCUGUCAUUGAGUCAACUGGCGUGGUUUUGUUUUCCCAGUUGUAGUGACAAAAAGUAGGGUCGCCUGUCCAAUCUCGUGGGUUUUCUCCGGCUACUCCGGUUUCCUCCCACUGCUAAAGACCCCUAUGCGCAACUGAAUUAUUAAAAUAAAAUUGGAUCAUA